AAAUGUGAUAAUUUUAUGUAUAUUCAAUUUGUUAAAGGGACGAUUGUUACUGUAUGUUGUCAGUGUGGCCAAGAUGGCUGGCGCGGAGGACGAGCCCAUGCACCUCUAUGAGGUGUUUCAGAACUGUUUCAAUAAGAUCGCGAAUAAGCACACAGAUAAGGCUGUGUACUCCCCCGGAUAUGCUGCUGAUAACGGGGUGGGGGUGAGUGGCGGGUAUGUGGGCGCUGGGGCUGUUGGGGGCACUGCGGGAGGCACUGAUGGGGCCACCUUCGCCCCAGACUCCCCGUACUUCCCCUUCACUAGCCCAUCGCGCCGGCCGCUGCCACACAACGCCGCAGGGACGAAGAGGAAAAAAGAGGGACUCGAUGGGCCGGAGAUAGACAGCGGACCUCCACAACAAUGGGUAAGAGUGAGAACAAUCACAGUUCUACACGUGUGGCGCAACGUGCUGCGAGGACCAGCCAAGUGUGUACUAUGGACUAGCUCCUAUGCUGGCCCGCGAGAGUCACGGCGUGCUGAGGAGAUGGGUUAGGAAGGGCAGGAAUCACUGUUUGCUGAGACUGGGUUAGGGAGCUGCUGGAGUCGCGGUAUGCUGAUCCUAUUGAGGAGCUUGAUCACAAGUGGCAGGAUGAAGGACAUAGCGAAACAGCGCGCCCUGUCUUAACUAUAACGAUGGUAUAUCUGUGGCCAUAGUGACAUAGUGUGGUUGACAGGAAACUUGGUGCCCGUAUAUGAGACGGUGAAGGUGUGUACUCCGGGGAAAGGUCGAAGAACUGUGCGUACCUGGAGAUUAGGGAGCGAGGGGUGCGGCGUGCCCGGGGAUGAGAAAGAUGAGGGAGAAUGAGAGCAGUGCUGGGCGAGUGCCAGCCUUUAUGCCACACACACACACACACACACACACACACACACACACACACACACACACACAC